GCCCGAAACAACUGCUUCCUAAAAAUGGAGUUCUUAAUGACCCAGAAGCCGGGCCAAGCUAUGUAAGGUAUCCAGGGUUUGGUCUCCCAGCUUCUCCUGUCUGUCUUUCGCCUUUGUCUUCCAACCAGGGUUGCUAGUUUGCCGUGGCUGCUUCUCAGUGACCUCAAUCUAUCUAGACGGAUUCGUAGGGAAAGCCGAGGGUGGCAGGAGGCUAGCAAAUCAAGCUGGCAACCAGAGAGCUGGACCUCCGCAGGCUCUGGAAUUCCUCUUCCUUCCCCCAACGAUAAACAAGCAGAAACACCCCGAGAUGAAAGCAGCCUGCUGGCUCCUGGCAGCUUUUUACAUGCUCACUAGCUGCAGGGCAGAAGAAGGACUGGAAUUCCCUACCUACGAUGGCAAAGAUCGGGUGAUUGACCUGAGCGAGAAAAACUACAAGCAGGCCUUCAAGAAGUAUGACAUGGUCGGUGUGCUACUUCAUGAGCCUGUGGCGUCCGACAAAACUUCGCAGAGGCGCUUUCAAAUGACCGAGAUGGUGCUGGAGCUCGCUGCACAGGUCCUCGAAGAGAAAGGCAUUGGUUUUGGAUUACUGGAUUCCAAGAAAGAUGCCAAACUUGCCAAAAAGCUGGGUUUGGAUGAAGAAGGCAGCCUUUACAUCUUUAAGGAGGAUCACAUCAUCGAGUUUGAUGGGCAAAUGGCUGCAGACGUCUUGGUUGAAUUCCUCCUAGACCUGAUGGAAGACCCAGUGGAGAUCAUCGGCAGCAAAUUGGAGCUGCAGGCCUUUGACCACAUGGAAGAAGAGACCAAACUCAUUGGCUACUUCAAAGGAGAAGACUCAGAACAUUACAAAGCAUUUGAGGAGGCGGCGGAACACUUCCAGCCCUACGUCAAGUUCUUUGCCACCUUUGACAAAGGGGUUGCAAAGAAACUGGGCCUGAAGCUAAAUGAGGUGGAUUUCUAUGAGCCCUUUAUGGAUGAACCGGUCCACAUCCCGGACAAGCCAUAUACAGAAGAAGAACUGGUUGAUUUUGUGAAUGAGCACAGAAGAGCCACACUGCGCAAACUGCGCCCAGAAGAUAUGUUUGAGACCUGGGAGGAUGACCUUGAUGGCAUUCACAUUGUGGCAUUUGCUGAAGAAGAUGACCCAGAUGGCUUUGAAUUCCUGGAAAUUGUCAAGCAGGUUGCUAAAGACAACACCGACAACCCUGAAUUGAGCAUUGUGUGGAUUGACCCAGACGACUUUCCUCUGCUCAUUGUGUAUUGGGAAAAGACCUUCAAGAUCGACCUAUUCAAGCCCCAGAUUGGUGUGGUCAAUGUCACAGAUGCUGAUAGUGUCUGGAUGGAUAUCAGAGAUGAUGAUGACCUCCCCACAGCCGAGGAAUUGGAAGAUUGGAUAGAGGAUGUGCUUUCUGGGAAGAUAAACACUGAAGACGAUGAUGUUGAUGAAGAUGAUGGUGACGAAGAUGAUGAUGACGAUGAUGACGAUGACGACUAGGUUAUGGCACUUUGAAAGCAUCCGGACAUUAAAUUUAUAUUCCUCAAGAUGUUAUGCCUCCCAGUGUUCUCCCUUAAAGGGAAGACAUUUGUAUUUAGGACUUCCAAAGUCUGUUUCUAAGAGUCACUGAAGGCUUGCUGCCUUGUUUUCUUUCCUUUGUACCCAUCUCCAACAUAUUUCCUAUUCUAAUUUCCAAAAGCUGUUUCCCAAGCAUAAGACAAUUAAAAAAAAAGUGACUGCAUGGCAUUUUUGCUCUCUGCAGAUCUCUCUGUUU